GUCCCCGAAACGGAAACAACCACCCAACUGGGUCACUGGAACACAUCGACCUGCCCGAGCAAUCCCUGAAGAACUUGAGGUUGAUGGUGUGCCUUCGGAACGAAGUUGGGCCAUUUUACGAGGAUCUGUUGAAAAUUGGUCAACUCGGUCAGCUGGAACCUCGGAGUGGUGGCAUGGUCGCCGUAGUUGCCGUUGGCCAGCAGCAGGGUGAAGAACCACUUGGACAGUCCAUUUGACCGUCGUCGUCCUCCUGAUCGUCGUCGAACCGGCAUCAACCACCAGCAGCUACUACCAUGAAGAACACCAGGAAACGAUACCUUAUCGGGGUCUCGGCCCUGCUCAUCAUCGCCGUCGGCUGCGGAGUGGCCUUGGGAAGAGCACUGAACGGCGAUGACGACUCCAUGUUUGAUGACACUCCAAAGUCUAUGGAGGAGAUUCUCACCGAGAUUCGAAGUCUUAUGCAGGACUACUCCGUAACGGCGUACAUCGUACCCUCGGUUGAUGCUCAUAACUCAGAAUACCUCUCCCUGCACGAUCGCCGCCUCCAGUACGUGACCAACUUUACCGGAUCGGCCGGAACGGCCAUCAUAACCCUGGAGGGCGCAGCCCUGUGGACCGAUUCCCGGUACCACCUGCAGGCGGAAGCCCAGCUCGACUCUGCGCACUGGACGCUGAUGAAGGAGGGCGUUCCGGGAGUUCCGUCGCGGGAUCAGUGGUUGCUCGACCAUCUUCCGGCGGGCUCGCAGGUCGGAACGGAUCCGUUUUUGAUCUCCUCCACGGAAUUUGACCGCCUGGCGAGGGCACUAGCGACCGGCGGAAACCGGUUGAUCACGCUGGAGCGGAACUUGGUGGAUAUCGUUUGGAACAACCGACCGGCGCAAACCGCGGGACCGCUGAUUCCGCUGGAGAUUAAGUAUUCGGGCAAACGAUCGUCCGAGAAGAUCGCCGACCUGCGAGUAGAACUCGCUUCCAACAAAGCUGCGGCCAUCGUUGUCAACGGUCUCGAUGAAAUAGCCUGGCUCCUGAACCUCCGCGGGUCGGACAUCCGCUACAAUCCCGUCUUCUUCGCGUACGUAAUCGUCUCCCCGAGCCAGAUAAUGCUGUUCACGAAUCCGGACCGGAUCAACGACACCAUUCGAGCUCACUUCAAGUCGGAGGGCAUCACGGUGAACGUUAGAGAUUACGGCGAGAUUCUGGCCGGGAUAGAAGACUACGUGGAGGACGGCGGCAAGCUGAUCAUCGCGUCCUCCUGCAGUCAAGCCAUCUACGCGCACAUUCCGGCGGAUCAGCGGGUUCAACUUUACAGCAUCAUCGCCAGCAAAAAAGCGGUCAAGAACUCCGUAGAGGCGGAGGGAAUGCGCAAAGCGCACGUACGGGACGGAGCCGCUGUCGUGCGGUACCUCCACUGGCUGGAGGAGAACGUAGAUUCCGCCAACGUCACGGAACUGUCCGGAGCGGCCAAGCUGCGCGAGUUCCGCAGCGUUCAGGAAAACUUUGUAGAUCUUAGCUUCACUGCCAUCAGCGCGUUCGGCUCCAACGGAGCCAUCGUCCACUACAGCCCAACCGAAGAGACGGACGCGCUGAUCACUCGGGACAACAUCUACCUCAUCGAUUCCGGUGGUCAGUACUGGGACGGCACAACCGACAUCACCCGGUCCGUCCACAUGGGAACGCCGACCGCGUUCCAGAAGGAAACGUUCACGCGGGUUCUCAAAGGAUUCCUCAGCCUCGUCACGGCGAUCUUCCCGAACAAAACGUCCGGAACGUUCUUCGACGCGAUGGCGCGACGUGCCCUCUGGGACGUUGGCUUGGACUACGGUCACGGAACCGGCCACGGCAUCGGAUCGUUCCUGGGUGUCCACGAAUAUCCGCCGUCGAUCGUGAGCUCCACAACGCCGAGCAACCAAGGUCUGCAGGAAAACAUGUUCACCUCGAACGAGCCCGGAUAUUACGAGGCGAGCCAGUUCGGCAUCCGGAUCGAGGACAUCGUGCAGGUCGUCAAGGCGAACGCACCGCACGACUUUGGCGGACGGGGAGCGCUAACGUUCCACACCAAUACGGUGGUGCCGCUGCAAACGAAGCUGAUGGAUGUGGCGUUGAUGAGCGAACGCGAGGUGGAAAUCGUGAACAAGUACCACGAACGGGUGCUGCGCGAAGUGGGACCGUUGCUGCUGGAACAGGAAGCCAACGAUGCGUACGUGUGGCUGGGGAAGCAAACGCAACCGAUAGGGAAAUCGUAGGGAAGUAAAAGAUUGUUGACGGAAA